CACCUUCCCCGCUCAGCCCGCAGCCGCCGCUCCCUCUACUUGUCACAGUUGUCGGGCGCCGCCGGUGGGAGAUGGAGGGGUUAUGGUGAGGAGGCAGGACAGUGUGCGGAGCGGGAAAGAGUGACACUGAAGACCGCAGACAUGUCCCGGGACCCGGAGGCCGUGGCCAGGAUCACCGAGAACACCUACAAGAAUGUUAUGGACCAGUUCAACCCCGGAUUAAGGAAUCUGGUUAAUUUGGGAAGAAAUUAUGAAAAAACAGUAGCUGCAAUGGUACAAGCGGGAAAAGCUUAUUAUGAUGGAUUGGCCAAGGUGGGAGAGAUGACUACAGUGUCGCCAGUAUCAAAAGAACUAGGUAUGGUCCUGCAGGAGAUCUCUACUGUACACAAAAAGCUAAAUGAAAACCUAGAAGAAAACUUUCGAAAGUUUCACCGAGAAAUAAUUGGAGAACUAGAGAAGAAGACAGACCAAGAUAUCAAAUAUAUGAAUGCCACACUAAAGAGAUUCCAGACAGAACACAGACAUAAAAUUGAUUCUCUUGAGAAAUCACAGACGGAACUAAAGAAAUUGAGGAGAAAAAGCCAAGGGGCCAGAAAUGCAUCCAAGUAUGAUGUGAAAGAAUCAGAGUUCUUAGAGACCAUCACUUCCCGCCAGAAUGAGAUCCAGAGAUUCAUAUCUGAUGGCUGCAAAGACGCACUAUUGGAGGAGAAGAGACGGUUCUGUUUUCUGGUGGACAGGCACUGUAGUUUUGCAAAUUAUCUCAAUUAUUAUCACCUACAGAGUACUGAUCUGCUCACCGCCAAAAUACCCAAGUGGCAGGAAACCUGUACUGAUGUCUCACAAGUCCCAGACAAUAUCGGAAACAUGAUCCAAGAUCUGAAGACUCCUGGGACCACUCCUAUCUCUGGCACCCCGGAACCAUCUCCACUCAUGGACAAGAAGGCACUGAUGGCUUCAGAUGGUGACACCAUAUCCAGGAACACAUUAAGAAUGCCUCCAGCACCCCAAAGCCGGGCACAUCCCAGUCCCCUAGUAGAUAUGUUCAACAAUCCAGCAGUUAUUGAGAAGCCGACAUAUGACAGGAUAAAAUCAUUCCAAGGUGAAAAUGAGGAGGGCAGCUUGCCACGGUCCAUGUCUGUUGCCACAGGGCUGAAUAUAAUGAAGAGGACAAAGGUCAGAACCAUCUUUCCUCACACUGGAAACAACAAGACUUUACUAAGCUUUCAACAAGGUGACAUUAUUACACUACUUCUCCCAGAGGAGAAGGAUGGCUGGCUGUACGGAGAACACGACACAACAAAACUCAAAGGCUGGUUCCCAUCCUCUUAUAGCAGGCCAUUGGAAGCAAAUGGAAGAGAAGCAAUGCAGGUGCCAAGCAUGAAUCCCAGCCCCGCCCCAGUGAGGAGUCUCAGCUCAGCCAACCUUGUUGAGAAGAAUAACAUGGUCCUUCCUGAACCAGACUACUUAGACUCAUCGUCACUGAGCAGUUCAAGUGACCGUGAAGCUUCCUUCACUCCAUCUUUUGCCAAAGAAUCUGCUUCACUCUCUAGUAAUGACUCUCCUAAACCAGCACAGAAAACAACACCCAAUGGGGUUAUGAAACAUCCAUACUUAAGCGGAGAAAAUCCAUUUUCUACCAUCAAGCUCCGACCAACCGUCACAAACGAUCGAUCAGCACCAAUCAUUCGAUAAGCAGAGCCUAUUAAUUUAAUUAUUUUAAAAUCUUUUAUGUUUCUUCAGUUAUGUAAAGUAAUUGUUUGUUUCUUUGUUUUUGUGUUGAUUGUGCAAUGAUUUCAGCUUAAAAAAAAAAAAAAAAGAAAAAAAAACUUGGAAGAGACUUUUUUGGAAUAUUGUAUCAAUUUAUAAUAUAUAAAACUCAAGCUGUAAUUAAUAGCGAUACUUCCUGUAAUAUAAAUUCUGACUUGAAGCAUGUGUCAUAUUACGGUCCAUUAUAGAAUAUAUGAAUUGAUUAAGGUGGUAAUUGGCACUUUUUUUUUUUUUUUUUUUAAUAAAACCUAUGAUUAUUCUGGGUUGCACAAAAACUAUAGAAACUAUUAUUUAAAGGGCAAUGUUGGAUAUCUAAAACAAAUGCACUGUUGGUUCAUUAAAUGUAAAGGGAAGUUGUCAGCAAAAUAAAAAGGAUAAAUACAAUAAAUUAUUUACAGCAGUGCUAAUGUCCAACCAACAAGGAACUGCUAAUGGCAUCUUUGCCUUUUUAAAAGCAUUUAUUGAAAUGUCCUUACUGUCCUAGUAAUGGAGUCAUUUCAUUGUUUGCUGUGCUUUUUUUUAUUUUUAUUUUCUACAGUACAUUUUAAAUCAAAUGUAUUAUUUUUAUGCAUACAUACGUUUGCAUUUAUGAUUCUUGGCCUUUUAGGAAACUUGCAUUAAGUUUAACUGGAAGCAUCACACACACAUUAAAGCUAAGGUCUCAGUAAAACACUAAAAACGCACACCAAAUACACAUAUUGGAGCAGUUUUAGGCCCAUUUAAUACAGGCGAUUCAAUCAGGUUCCCCUUUGUCAGGAAAACCUGAUCAAAUGGUCCAUGUUUCCUAUGGGACCAGUGGGUGUAAACGGACUUGUGUCUGUUUAUACUUGCCUACCUCCAAUACGGUCUGCUAAAAAAAAAAUGGAAGGGGAUGUUCCCCUCUGUCUAGGUGAAUUGAAUCGAAGUGCAGUCAGGUGUAAACAGACGGCCAGUCCGUUUACACCCAGAGAGCAGAGUGGGCUCGGUCCGUGUCUGCUCUGCAUAAACUGAGUGGACACAGACCUGUCUUCUGCCACCUCUGCUCUGCUCAGAGGAUCAGCGGACAGAUCUCCUGCUGAGCAAAGUGGAUUCCACCUUGUGUGAAAUGGCCCAAAAUUGUGGAAGUAUUUUAUAAUUCUGUCUGCCAGGUUUUGAGAUUUGCAUACCUGUAGCAAUAAUGUAACACAUACAGGUCCUUUCCCUCUCCUAACCUGUGAAAGGAGAAGCAGCAGACCAAUAAGCUCAUCUGUGUCACUCUCGCUCUCUCCUCCUAUGUUCUUUGUCAACAUGUCUCCUUGCAGCAUACCUAAUUGGUUCCCAGUCCUGUCCAUCCCUCUCCAAGUCUGUGUGCUGCUGUAUAAGGCAUUGCAAGAUGCUAAUAUCAAAUACUCUGUGAACAAUCUUGGCUAUUUACACUGCUUGCACCUAUAAAAGACACAAAUGAAUUCAGUACUGUAUUUAUGGAUACAUCACGAAAUGUAUUUUUAUCUGUCUGAAGUUCAGCUUUAGGCCCAUUUCAUUUGUGAUGGCAAAGUAGCAUGACGAGUCGUUUCCCAUGAUUUCCAAUGACAACCAUUCAUAUUAGUGCGACUUCAAGUGGUUAUGAAUUCAAAGUAGUCCCUGUACUACUUUGGUCCGAUUUUUAAUGCCACUUAUACAGGCACUCCCUAAAAUUGUGCGACUUUGAAAUCGCAGUAGUGUGAAAGGGGCCUUAGACUUGCAAUGUAGCAGUGUAUAACUUUUUGUUUUUUGUUGUCCAUCAUAGUACACUAAAGCCUCAUACACAAGGUGGGAAUAAUUGGACAAAUGAUCAGCCUUUUUUUUUUAUUUUGCUUUUUUUGCAUGCUAGUCUCCUAUCGAAAAUGAGUACGAAAAUUCUUGUACAACAGAAUAUAUUUUUGGAAGUAUUUUAUUGUAAUCUUUUAUUUACGAAAAUGUUGGUUUUCUUUUUUUUUUUUUUUUUUUUUCACACGAAUACUGCACUGAUUAAACAAAAAUCGCACCUUCUGGUAUCGUGUUUGCCCCUUCGGAUAUUUUGCAUGAACUGUCAUAAUCGUCUCUCAAAGUGGUGUACUAAUAAUCAGAAUAUUGUGCUAUCGCUUGGAAAGCGGAUUUUUAUUUGUCACAUUUUCUGAUUGUGUGUACUAGGCAUAAGCAAAGACCCCAUCCAUGAGAUUAUUGGACAUAAUGAAAGUAUGUGAGGAAAAUAAACUGAUGGCUCUUAUCAUUUACUUAAACAAAGCAAUGUUAAUUGUCCCUUUAUUGCUUCAUUAUGUAAGCCAGCUUCUUCUUCCUGUUCAGCAAUGAGGAGCCUUUCUGUAUUAUUUCCACUCAUAUCUUGAGAUGCCAGGUAGCUCAUCGGUUUAAAUUGAGAGUUGCCAGUAAAUACUUUAAUGUUUAUAAUGAGAUGAACAAUAUUGCGCAGUAACGAAUAUCAAGCAAAGUCAGCAAAGAUCUUUAUUCUGAUGGGUUGCAGCUUUUCCUUCCUUCAGUUUUGCAUUAAAAACCAGCUUGUUUACUACUUUCUGAUGUCCACAUUUGUUAUCCAAUGUCUACAACUUAUUAAGGCACUAUACAUCUUGCUCAGUCAUCUGAGCCAAUCAGGAUAAUCUUUCCUUAUAACGCAAAUAUUUACCAAUACAUAUAUUUUGAUACGCCUAUAUUCCUAUCCGCUAAAUACAAUUUCACGUAUGAAUGAAAUGAUCGUUUUCUUUUAAUGUUAUUAUUUUUAACUUUUUCUUUACGUUGUACCAUACUCACUCAGUGUUUCAUGCUUCCAAGUGUCACAGAAUGAAAGCCAUUCAGUUAAGUUAUUUUGAUUGUUAUUACGUUAAAAGUGAAUUGCCUUUAUGUAUAAUAUAAAUAUGUAUAUGCACACAGCCAUGGCUUCAGAAAAAGAAUAUAUAUUUCUUUGAAUGAAAUCAGAUUAUGCCAGGUUGUAAGAUCUUUAGAAAUAAUAAAUAUUCUCAUACAAAA